AUGAAGAGAAUAAUUCGGGAUAGAGACCAAGGCAUAAAGUAUGAUGUGCAUUGGAGUCAAGAAGGCCAACUAAUUGAGCCUAACGGUUCAACAUUGACGAGUUAUCUCGGUUCGGUGGUAAGGAGAGAAAUUCCAAUUACAUGUGAAGAUUGGAGAGCAAGAGUGUUGGACGACGCUAAAGAUAAAAUAUGGAGUGAGACACAGAAGUUAUUCAUCAUUGAGGAUACCAGAAGAGAUUAUAUUCUAAAAUUGGCCGGGAAACUACAUAGAGGGUUUAGAGCUUUCUUGUCAAACAAGAUUCUUAGGGAUGCAGAUAAAUUUUUUGUUGAUGCAGAGCUUCCAAAGAAAUAUGCAGAUUUGAUUACAGCUAAAGAAUGGGAAACUUUUAAAUUCAAAAUAAAUACCCAAAAAUUUGAGAGUUUAAGUGUCGUAAAUCGACAACAAGCAUCAAGUCCAACAUAUCCAUACAGAAAAAGGCGUAUGGGAUAUGCACGCUUACAACAAUCUAUUCUAACAAAGGAGAAUAGUUCUGAAACAUCUCUUUCGGAACACAUUUUGUGGAAGGAAGCCCGUGUGUGUAAGGAUGGAGCUGUUGAAGAAAAAGUUUAA